AUGAUGUCGGCCGCCUCCGAUCCUCCCCCUGGCCUCAAGACCCUGGCUUCCGGAACGCCAUCGGGCGGGGCCGUGAUCCGCCCACAACCCGUGACUGAAAAGUCAUUGAUGGAAUCGGUGGCUGGCUUCAUUCACGACGUCCAGGCCAUUCAUCACACCCAUUUGGGCGCCCACGCCCCCAACAACGACCCCAAAGUCCACGUGACCUGGGCCCGUUUCGAAACGACCGACCUCAACGACGUGCGACUUCUCCCCGAUAGCUCUGAAUCCAGUGGUAACGCCUCACCCCUCCUCCUGAUUUUGGGCUACACGCAAGGCGUUCAAAUCUGGUUGGUGCCCAUCAAUGGCGAGGCCAAGGAAGUGUUGUCAUGGAAACGGGGCUCGGUGAAGACGCUCCGCGUGUUGCCCAAACCCGAGAACUCCUUUGGCGUGCCCGACAACUUUGCCCAUUGCCGCCCAUUGAUCGCAUUGGCCGACGCCACGGGCCCCGGCGCGCCUUUCACCUCGGUCAGCUUCCUGUCCCUCAAGACCGGAGAGCAGGUGCACAAUAUCAAGUUCAACUCCGAGAUCGCCGAUAUCGUGGUGAACCGCCGCGUGGUUGUGAUCAGUUUCCGCGAGAAGUUCGCCCUCUUCGAUGCGUGUAGCUUGGACGCCCGCUUCACCAUCACCUCUUGCUAUCCAAGCCCCGGGGUUCACUCGAAUCCCAUCUCCUUGGGAGAUCGCUGGCUGGCUUAUGCCGAUCAGAAAUUAGUGCCCAUUCAUCGAUCCUUCGGGGGUAUGGAGUGUGAUGGGUCCCAAUCUGUGGCCGCUUGGAGUAUCAAUGUGGGCAGCAAGUUGGCUCAGGGCAUGUCCAAGAUCUACUCUAAUUUCUUCUCGGGUGGCACAGCGGGGGGUCAAUGCAAUUCCGCACCGUCGUCCUUGAGUGGGUCACGCCCGUAUGCGGGUGUGUCGCCGAGUAGUAGUGGGCGUGAUAUCCCGGGCCAAAACGAACCUCAAAAAGGUGUGGUCACCAUUUUGGAUGUGAUGACGGUGGGCAAAACUGAGAGCGAUGAAGUGAACAUCACCCACAAAAUUGCGGGGGUGGUUGCUCAUUUUAUUGCCCACAACAAAGCCAUCGUGUCCAUGCAAUUCGACAGUUCUGGCUCGCUCUUGUUGACUUGCGACAAGAACGGCAAUUACUUCAACCUGUUCCGACUGGUUCCACAUCCGGCGGGCUCUUGUUAUUCGGCCGUGCACCACCUUUACUCUUUGUAUCGAGGUGACACGCCGGGAUCCGUGCAGGACAUUGCCUUCUCGUCGGAUUCGAGGUGGGUGGCGGUGUCCACCUUGCGAGGCACCAGUCACAUCUUUCCCAUCACGCCCUACGGCGGACCAGUGGGCGUGCGGACCCAUACCUCUGCCAGAGUGGUAAACAAGUUGUCCCGAUUCCAUCGAUCCGCAGGGUUUGAUGACUACCACACAUCCACCACGGGCACCUCAGCCGCUAAUUCUUCUGGCCGUACCUCACCCAAUCCCAAUCUCGCCGGAACCUCGCCGGUCGUGUCCUCCUUCUCCAAAAUGUCCAUGAUGGAAGCGGCGGCGGCCCACGCCGGCCAGAACUCGUCGCCCUUGAUCGUGCCGCAUCCCAACCCGCACAUCCCCCCUUUCCCUUCGCCCACGGUGGUCCAACCUGUGGCCCAAUUGCGCCAGCCCUACAUUGUGACCUUGACGAAUCAAACCAUUGGCUCGGCCACCGCCGUCACACGCAAGAAGAGCGGUGGAUCCAGCCAAUCCUCGGAGGAGGUGCCCAUCCGAUUGGCGUGCAAGUUCGCGCCCUCGCGGGCUUGGCUGGUGGGCGCGCAACACAACAUGUUCAACCGCCGGCACCUCCAACGACCUCAUGACGCCUUAUAUGUGAUGGCCAACCACGGAGUUCUCUUGGAAUACUCUUUGGACGCCUUGCCGGACUCCACGCUCCCGAAGGAGAAAAUUUGCGAAUCUAGUCCGAUCGAGCUGGUUGUGACUCCGUAUGGACAAUGGAGCUUGAGUCAACCCCGGGACAAAGCUGACUUGCAACCGCCUCUGCCCAUCGACAACCCCCUCAUGCUCCCCGUGCCCACCCACAGCUUCGGCAAAGCCCUCUCCCAAGAGGAUGACAACGAAGACAAGUGGCUGAGUCAGGUCGAGAUCAUCACCCACUUUGGACCCCAUCGGAGGCUCUGGAUGGGCCCGCAAUUCUGCUUCAAGACCCUGCAACCCGCAGAUAACGAAAAAGAUGGGAAUAUCGUUAAAGAUCUGGAUAUCAGUCUUCCGGCGAGGCCAGAGCAGUCCAACCCUGUGAACAUGCCCCCUAAGAUGAAACAUCAAGGACACCCGCCUACUGGACGAAAUCCGGUCUUGAUCGAGGCUGGAUCGGCCAGUAGUUUCGAGCUGUCCCCGCAUUUCUCCAAUGCCUUUCAACGACAUCCUGGUCACGCCCCUGCCAAUCCAUCGGCCAAAGAUUCCGUUUUGAAUGUGGAAAACGAACUGCAAGAGGCCAUGUCCGAGACGAUCGGUGAAGAAUCGUUGCUUGACGGUACGACCUCAAAUCCGACGCGAAGAGCCUCAAGCGGUCGUCAGCCGAAUCAAAUCAAGACCGAAUCUUCGGAGGAAGAGUUCUUCUGUCUCACUCCGGAAGAUGCCCGCAGUCGCAAUGUGUCAGCCACCUCCAAAGCACCCGUGCAACACAACACGGUCAACGACACCAAGAUCUUCUCUGUGGCCGUGGAAUCACGGCGGAGCCAAGCCAUCCAAAUGGACUCGAUGAGAGUGUGUGACGUGGACUCGGACUUCACAGGGCGUUUCGCUGUGGUGCAGAAGCCCAAAGGGUCCAUUCCCAAGAAGGAGGCCAUGUUGGAGCCCAUCAAGGCCGAAGUGAUCCCGGCACCUCCCAAGGCUGUUCCGGUCGAAGAGACACGACCGAUCUCGCCUCCUAUAGCCACUAAUAAGUCGAAUAAGAAAGGCAAAAAGAACAAGAACAAGAGCAAGAAUAAGGGAAGCUCAAUAAAGAGCUCAAGCUCGGCGGAUGAGUGCCAAGUGGAAGAGCCGGUGGCAUUCACGGUCGUGAAGAAAUUGAGCACGGCCCAGGAACGAGAAACCACGCCUUUGGAACAAGAGAUGACGACCAGUUUCCCCUGGAGGGACGACGAUGAUCAGUUGGUCCAAGCUUUGGUGGAAAGCACGCAAGAUAUCGAUCUCAUGAGCUCUUCGGACAUCAAAACGGAUGAUCAACCGCAUGUGGAAGUUGAAGUGGAGGACGAGGAUGAAGAAGAGCAAGUAGAGCAAGAAGAGCAAGCGGCAGAGGUAUCGACUCAUUCCGACGAAUUCCAAGAGAUCACCAACCGGAAGGCCUCUGACGACACCACCGAAGACGACGAAGAGGAUGAGGACGACGACGACGAAGACGAAGAAGAGGGAUCCGGAUCGGAACCGUUCAACAUUGACCGCGAAACUUCGGCCAAACCGGAAGUGCCCUUUUGGGUGGACGACCUCCUCAAAAGCAGCUCCACGGACAAUGCCAUCUUGAACAGCAUCGUGAAAGCCGAGCAAAAGUACGACGCCAAGAAGAAGAUGACCCAAAGCACUGGAUUUGUGGCCCGGUCCGUCUCUCAACCCGCCGUUUUGAACUCGGAAUCCGUGGACAGUAGCGAAGAUGACCUGGAAUUCAAACCCGUUUCCAAUGGUCGUCGUCGCAAGAAGCAACCCCAACUGAACCUGCGGCCCUCCAUGAGCCACACCGAAGCUUUCCGGAGCCGGGGCAGCAGUUUCGCGGACUCCGAAUCCAGCUUCAAUGGCGACGAAGUCCUUCGUGAUCAAGACAAAGAAGGCUGGAGUUUCGAGGCUGAUGACUUGGACGUGAAUAAGUUCCUCUCCGAGGCCAUAGCCUCCUCACCCCCCGCUGAUCUGGACGCUGAUGAAGGCGGCGUGUCCGGAGAGAAGCCCCAACUAGAGGAUGUGUUCAAAUUCGAUUCGGAAAUCGCCGCGGCCGAAGGUCAAGGAGUGCGGGUCUCGAAGCAGAAUGCGGCCAGUUUGGAAGAUCUCAAGGAAGCUCUCGGAGAUGAGGAGGAGAAGAUGACCUCGAGCUUGAACGUGACCUUUGACGAGGACAACCUCGUGUCCUCGUCCUCUGCCCGAGAGAGUCUGGCUUUGAGCACGAGCAUCGGCGAGACCACGGAUUCGAGUGUGGGCAAUUCGCCCAAUCCGAAAAAGAAUAAGGGUAAGAAAAAGAAGAAGAAACGAUUUUAAAUCUUACUUUUCAGUUCAGCUGUACUAUACAUACAUAUGUAUGAAUUCAUAUGAUAUAUAUAUAUCUAACUUUAUGUCGAUUUGAGAACCUAGCAAUGCCCACCAGAUCCUCCUUUUUCUUUCAAUGAGUGACGUUUUAACUAAUUUGGGAGUAGUUGUGGAUUUUGCCGAAUUGGUUUGCAUUAAUCGGAAUGUUGAAUGCAAAUCGAUUUUGCAACAUUUAUAGAUUUUCUACCCAGUCGAGUUAACCGGUCGCUUGUAAUUAAACACAAAAUAUACACUCUCUACAAACACAAAAAUACCUUUAAAAAAAGAUACAAACAGAUCAAAAUAUCGUAUUCAAUCCUCAUUCAUCAGCUUCGCCUCUCGUUUGUGACUAGAUGUUCUCAUUAUUAUUGAAAUAAAAAUGAUGAACAAAAAGAAUGGC